CCCGUAACUAAAACAACAAAAUGUUCACAUGUCCACUCUGCAAUUCAGAAUUUAACGAUGGUCCACACUGUACUAACUGUCUUAGAUCAUUUGAUUAUCGAUGUGCUGGGAUCUCAGAAGCUGGAUUCAGACGACUCGGAGAAAGAAAAGGUAACCUAAAAGAUCUGGAUUUCAAAGUCAGCCAUAUUGAAGACACUAAUAAAUUGUUGCAAGAAGAACUAAGUCGCUUACAAGCCGAUGUACGUGAAAAGGAGCAAUGGGCAAGAGCAAACAAUGUGGAAGUAAAAGGAAUUCCUCUUAAGAGAAAUGAGAAUCUAUAUGACAUAGCCUUAAAAAUAGCCUCCGUUAUCGAAUUUCCAGUAAAAAAAGAAGAAAUAAACUUUAUUUCAAGGGUGCCCUCCCAGAAAUCUGACGUAAAAUCUAUUAUAAUAUCAUUCAACAAUCGCUAUAUCAAGGAAGAUUUUAUUGCUGCGUCCCGAAGGUUUAAGGACCUAAGACUGAAGUCGCUGAAUUUUCCCGAAGAAGGACGUGUAUUUAUAAAUGACCACUUAUCGAUAUAUAAUAAGCAACUUUUAAACAAAACUAAGGUCUUAGCAAAAGAAAGAAAUUUUCAAUUUGUAUGGGUGAAGCACUGCAAGAUAAUGGCAAGAAAGUCACCAACCUCGCCUAUACAAUAUAUAAAAACAGAAUCGGACCUCAAAAAGUUAAAAUAA